AUGAAUUGCUUCAAGCUCCCUAUUGGUCUUUGUGAGGAGAUAGAGGGCCUUAUUCGGAGGUUUUGGUGGGGACAAAGUGGAGAAAGGCGAAAAAUUCAUUGGGCAAGGUGGGGUGAACUUUGUAAGCCUAAGGGUGAGGGUGUUAUGGGGUUUAAGGAUCUUGCGUUGUUCAAUGACGCUUUCCUAGCUGAACAAGAUUGGAGGCUCCUCCAAAACAGAAACUCGCUAUUAUGUAGAGUUUUCAAACCGAAGUUCUUCCCUCACGGAUCAAAUUUGGAGGCGCCGCAAUCACAAAUAGGGUCAUAUGCUUGGAGUAUAUUAAAGGGGAGGGAUGUGUUAAUGGAAGGAUUGAGGUGGAGGGUGGGUGAUGGCUUAGGUUGCAUUAGGUUUAGAGAAUCUGUGUGUCUGGCUUUGAUCAAACCAGGCACGAAUGAGUGGAAUUCUAAACUAUUGCAACAAUUAUUUUCAACAAGAGAUAUCUUGAUUGAGUCAAUUCCUUUGAGCUCUAUGCAGGUGGAAGACAAAUUAUUUUGGCCCUUUACUCCAUCGGGUUCCUAUACAGUCAAGUCAGGUUAUAGAUUUCUGUAUAAGGCACAAAGUUUGGACAACAAUGACUACCAACAUGAAGAUAAUGGCUUAUGGAAGAGGGUGUGGGGGCUGAAGACUCAACCAAAAAUUCGAAACUUUCUAUGGCGAGCUAUUAAAAACGCAAUCCCAACGAAAGUGAACCUCAAAAGGUGCAUGACCAUAACAGAGGACCGCUGUGAACAGUGCAAGGCUGAACCUGAAGAUACAGAGCAGCAGGCAGAGUGGGAUUUUUGUGGAUUAGGGGCUUUUGGCACUUUCAAGGAGCUGGUGGAACAUGUUGUGGAGGAAGGGAAGGGCUUGGAAUUCUUGACAACAAUCGUGUGGACUGUGUGGCACAGGAGGAAUGCUAUGCGAACCAGCUCUAACCCGUUUCCAGUUCAGCAAAUCCAAUAG